CACACAAUCGAUUCCACACAUUUUCCAGCAAGAAAAUUGAAAUAGGUUUGUAUGAUCGUGUUUGAGGUUAAGGGCUUAGUUUAGUUUAGGUGCCCUCUCAAACAUGCAAAGCGUGGAGAAGAGGACGGUGCUUCCAUCAGAUAAAACCCAUGACUCAGAGUGCUUCUACAAGAAUCUCACUGCGUUGUUGGAGUCUUCUGGACUGAGUUUAAUUUUGAAUGACUUGUACCUGUUUUACUUGGAGGUGACCAAAAGAGGAGGAUAUCAUCAGGUUGACCAAGAAAAGAAAUGGGGUGAAGUGGUCUCUGCACUAAAAUUAGAAGGAAGUAAUGCAAAGUUAUCUGCUCAAGUUGAAAUGCUCUAUGCAAAUCUUCUUUACGAAUUCGAGCAAUUGUACUUCUACAGGUGUCCUACAAAGCAAGCCAGCACCAAAGGUCCACUUAAGAGGAAGCGGAAUUUAACUCAAUUAAUGGAUAAGGAAAAUGUUCAGAGGGUGACAAUGUGCAAGGACUACUCUUCCCAGAAGACAGCUGAGGGUGGAUAUGUAGAGCCAGUGCUUCAACCGGCACCUUCAAAUGACAAAGGAAGGAAGAAACGCGGAGGUGCUCCAACAGGACGAAGGACUGCAUAUCAGAUAUUCGUCAAGCAGGAAUGUGCUCGAUUGAGAGCUUGUAGUGAGGACUCCUUAGAUCGCACGAGAUUCCUACGCAUGGCUAUUGACACAUGGAAGAACAUGUCUGAGAUUGAGAAACAGCCAUAUAUGGAGGAAAGCAAGAAGAACAAGGAAAAACACAAGGAGGAGGAAAACAAUAAACAGAAGAACGCACAAGAUAUGAAGCAAGUAAACAAGCCAACUAGUCAGUGUGGUGAUUAUUCUGUACCUUCACAGCCUGAGACAGAUAACUCAAUUGUGAGUGCAGAACUUGGCUUAGCUCUUAAAAUGACUUGGGAAGUAAUGACUGGAAAAGCACCCGAGGAGUCCUUACAGGAAUGGGAUACUUAUUUUUCAGAACUAGAUUUACCAACUGGUGAAUCCAAGUAAUUCUACUUACUCUAGUUAAUGGUGGGUUGGUCUUUUUGCUCUUUUGAGGCAAUGACUAUGUAUGCAUCCAGCAGUUUUCCCUUCUUUUUUUUGACUCAAACCAAGCUAGCUGCUAUGUAUAUAUUGUUUUGAAACAGCACAACAGGGUUGGAAUGGCUGGAUAGCAUAUGCUUCCGCCUCUUUCAGUAGUAGUGAAGUAUGUAAAUAUUAAACGGUAGUGUAAUGCAAACUUUUGUUGGAAUUUAUUUUUUCUU